AUGGGCUCUUUGGAUCUCCCUGCCGUCGACUACGAUGUGCUCAUUGUAGGCGCCGGGUUCUCUGGCGUGUGCGCCCUUCACCAUAUUCGCCAGCAAUUCCCCUCGUGGCGGGUAAAGCUUCUCGAAGCUAGCUCGGGCGUCGGCGGCACCUGGUACCUUAAUCGCUACCCCGGAGCUCGUGUCGACACGGAAUCACUCAGCUAUCAGUUCUCGUGGGACAAGGAGCUUUUGAAUGAGUGGCACUGGAAAGAAACCUUUUCGGGCCAACCCGAUGUUUUGUCAUAUAUUGAAAGGGUCUGCGAAAAGCAUGACCUGUACAAGGAUAUUCAGCUCAAUACGGCAAUAGCGUCAGCUCACUGGAACGACGAUGCCCACACAUGGCUUUUUACGGACUUACAAGGCCGUCAAUAUAAAGCACGUCUCUUUGUCAGUUGCUUGGGUUUCCUCAGCAAGCCCACGCUACCUCUGAUUCCGGGUAUCGAAAACUUCACUGGUCAAGCAUUCCACACUUCAAAUUGGCCCAAGAAUCUCGAUUACAGGCGAGACCUGGCCGGAAAGCGAGUGGGUGUCAUUGGCACAGGCGCCACCGGUAUCCAAACUAUUACAGCCAUAGCAAAGGAGUCAAACGUGGAGUCCUUGACUGUCUUUCAACGGACAGCCAACUGGUCAGCACCUCUGCGCAAUGAACCGAUAUCUCCAGAACAGAUGAAGAAGCUGGCCGAGACAUACGACGAAGUGUUUGCUCAAUGCGCGAGGACCUCUUCGGGAUUCCUGUACGCGGCAGACCCUCGCAAGUCGUCCGAGGUAACGCAGGAGGAACGCACCGCCCUCUGGGACAAGCUGUACAAUGAACCCGGAUUCGGAAAGUGGCUCAGCGUUUUCAAGGAUACCUACACAGACCGCGAGGCAAACAGACUGUAUACGGACUACAUGGCCGCCAAGAUACGAGCGCGUGUCAACGAUCCAGAGAUUGCCGAUUCUCUGGUCCCCAAGGACCACGGCUUUGGACUUCGGAGAAUUCCGCUGGAGAGUGGCUAUUUCGAAGUAUACAACCAGCCCAACGUCUACCUAGUCGACCUCAAAAAGACACCAAUACAAAGCAUCGAGGAUUCAGCCAUCACCACCAAAGACGGCAAGAAGCACGAAUUAGAUGUGCUGAUCUUUGCCACUGGUUUCGACGCCAUCACGGGAUCCUACAGCGCCAUUGACUUUCGCGGCAAGCACGGACGCCCUCUGCUCGGCUAUAGCGACUCGGACAAGGGCAAGAAUGCCAUUUGGGUCGACCACAAGCCCAAGACGUACCUGGGCAUCACGGCACCGGAUAUGCCCAACACUUUCAUGGUGUUGGGCCCACAUCAGCCUUUCGGCAACGGCACGCGCAGUCUUGAGAAAGCCGUGGACGUGGUCUGUACCAUGUUGCAGCACAUCUAUGAACAUGGACACACAUUUGUAGAGCCCAAGCCCGAGGCCGUUCAGGCGUGGGGUGAGCAUGUGGUGGAUUGUAGCAAGGGUUUACUCUUGAAUGAUGUGGACAGUUGGAUGACGGGUGUCAAUAGUAACGUCAAGGGCAAACAGGAGAGGAGUGUUGCUAGAUAUGUGGGUAAUGUUGUAGAGUACAGAAAGCGGUGCGCGGAUAGUGCAAGAUUCGGGUGGAAAGAAUUGUAUUUUGCGUAG